AUGUCGAAACAUUUUCUGAUCGUGUUGUCUUUUGUCAACUUUAUAAUCUGCUGCUCUAGCGUUACAGAGGAAAUUAUAGAUCAUUACGAGAAAGUUAUUCUGGAGGAGAAAGAGAAAGCCAGAAGUUAUGAAUUACCAAGCAAUGCCCACAUGUACAUUCCAGAAUAUAACGAUCCACCUCUGGAUUUUGGUACGUUUGAUUUUAUAAUAGCAGGGGCCGGAUCGACAGGGUCUGUGAUAGCCAGGCGCUUGUCGGAAAUAAAACAGUGGAAUAUCCUAGUUUUGGAAGCUGGCGAAUUCGGUAAUGAAGUAACUGACAUCCCGAGAAUAAGCUACGAUGUCGUCAUGGCAAGCGACUAUAAUUGGGGGUACUACUCUGUGCCGCAAAAGAAUUCCUGCUUAGGAAUGGAAGAGGAGCGUUGCCCCUUUCCCAGGGGCAGGGGCGUAGGUAGAACCUCUCUCCUCAACGGCCUGGCGUACGCCCGAUGCAGCAAAAUCGACUACGACAUUUGGUGCGCCCAAGGCAACCCCGGGUGGUGCUACGAAGACGUGCUUCCAUAUUUCAAAAAAUCGGAAGACUUCCGCAAAAACGACCCCGACGCAGUGGUCGACAUGGCUUUCCACGGAGUUGGUGGGCCUCUUCAUGUUAACUUUCCCAUGCCGAGGGCUGAACAGUGCAAGGUAUUCUUCAAGGCCAACGAAGAGCUAGGGUACCAGCAAAUCGAGUGGAACGGACUCAAUGCCACGGGCGUGAGCCCUAAUCAGGUCAACGUGAAGCACGGGAAGAGGCAAGACAGUGACACUGCUUUCUUAAAACCCGUGUUGGAUAGAUCCAACCUGGUGGUACUUACUAAGAGCUUUGUCAUGAAAAUAGUAAUUAAUGAGUUAAAGGUGGCGGAGGGGGUAACCUUCAGUUAUAAGGGAAGGGUGUAUACAGCCAUCGCUUCCAAGGAAGUUAUAGUGUCCCUAGGCGCAAUCAGCUCGCCACAACUGCUGAUGGUUUCUGGAAUUAUUCCAGGUGAACACCUCAAGGAAUUUGGUAUUCCCUUAGUCCAAAAUUUGGAGGUAGGUAGCGCCUUAUCCGACCACGUUCAAACAUACGGAUUAACCUUCUCAAGUAACCUCAGCGAGCCAGUUCAGACUUUAAGGGAACAAAUUAAAGACUACUUGGCUGGCGUCGGACUUCUGAGCCAACCCUUAAACCGACAAGUCCUUGGAUAUUACCAAACUUACGUGGAGAUGAUUCCAAACUACCAAGACCUAGAAAUAAGUUUCUACUUUUCUAACGCAACGACUUUCACCUUAAAUAAGUUGCAGCGUUGGAAAGAAAGCGUCUCUGAAGCGAUCGAAGGUGUUGACAGCUCAAGUUCUUUCAGCAUGUACCCCACCCUUUUACAUUUGAAGUCGACUGGAACCCUCAGAUUGAAAAGCGCCUCNUUUUCAGUUUUUGAAUUUGAAUAG